CAGGGACACAAAUGCACACAACCACGCAAGUUGGCAAGUGGAAUUGAUCUCUUCAUGACAUCGUGGUUCAUUUUCCCCAAACAACAACAACACCACCAAGCAACUGCACCAAGAACACCAGUAACCGGAACAGCAAGCGACUGCGACGACCUGUCACCGCGCAGCAAUUCGCAGCCACCUCUCCCUCUCCCUCUCCCUCUCCUCCUUCUCCAUCGCUGUAUUCUCAGCAAGGAUGACGGACGCAUAUAAUGAAAUGCUCAGCAAGCGGCUGACGCCUGGGACACCCGAUGGUGGCGCGCCGGUACAUGUGUCGUUCCCGCUCCCGGAGACACGGCUCACGCUUCAGAACCGGCUGCAAGGCAUGGGCAAGCAGCAGCCGCUGAUUGACGAGGGCUCCUGGUGGAACACGUCUGCCUUCCAAGAGAGCUCGUGCAGCAUCACGGAGGAUGUGAAGGAGGUUGGCGCAUCCGCCAACAACACCGCCAACAAUGCUACCGCGAGCAGCAGCGACAACGACGCCGACGGCGCGGCCCACCCACGUCGCAGCAGUGCCCACUCCAUCUCCACCACAGAGUCCCAGGAGGACAUGGCUGACGAGGAGGACGCCGGCCUGAGCGCACAGUCUCAGGAGCAUGCCACACCCUCUGCCAAAUGCCAGUGCCUACGCAAGUCCAGCUUCAGCAGCAACGGCCACAGCACCGCCGAGGAUGACCACGACAGCUCGUGCCAGGAGCAGGAGCAGGAGCGGCAGGCCGGCCACGGCAAGCAGCCGUAUCGCCGCAAGCGCAUGAAGGAGCUGCCACCUGAGCGGCAGCGGCGGCUUCGCCAGAUGAACCGGCUCGCUGCGCGGCGGCAUCGCAUGGCCAUGCGUCAGAAGCUCAGGCAGCAGUCUCGCGCGCUGUCCGACCAGGAGCAACACACUUACACGCUGCAGCAGCAGGUGGCGGCCCUUCGUCAGCAGCGGCAGCAGUUGUACCAGACGCUUUUUCAGCUGCACUCCUCCGGGCGGCUGGCGGCUGGCCUUGCCGCGGCUGCGAUGCUCCGGCGCCAGCUGCAGCAGCAACCGGUCUCUGUGAGCAGCAGCAAGACCCCUGUCACUGCCGCAGCGACAACUGCCACAGCUGCUGUAGCCCCCGCGUUCUUCAGCACGCCCUUGUCUACGACGGAGCCCAUGCAGUCAGCCCACCGCCACCAUAACCAACAACAGCAGCAGCAACAACAACAACAACAACAACAACCACAACAACAACAACAACAAGCAUCGUCGCAGCCACCCAUGAUGAUGAUGCCUCAGUUCAGUGGGAUGCCUGGUAUUUCUUCCACGACCCCUGCACUGCCCACUGCUGGUGCCAUUGGGCCGCAGGCCUUUGGCAUGUAUGCAACCCCGAUGAUGUACUAUGUUCCAGUCGCAUCCGGUGCCCCUUCGUGGUGAUUGAUCCAUUAUUCGUGUGUGUGUGUGUGUGUGUGUGUGUGUAUGUGUGUGUGUGUGUGUGAGUGUUUCGAGUGCUGGUGGCUGUUGCCAUCGGGUGUGACGGUGCGCAUCCACUUGCUGGCUGGGGUGUUCUUGACCUUAUCUUGGCGUAUCUUAUAAUGUUCUGAGCGUGCUGUGCAUGCUCUCUUCUUCUCGAUACAUGUAUGAUGUACGUGUUAUUGUUGAUUGCCGCGCUGUUGAGUGGCCAUGGAGAUUCAUACUACACAUGUACGUACGUGACUGUACACGACUAUGCUAUUUGUUCCCCCGCCGCUUCGCUUCCCUCGCUCCGGCUAGCGGCUAGUGGAGGCGCGCAAUACACAACUACAACCAACACA